AUGGCCACCGAAGUCUUCAACCCGAACCCGACCAUAUUUGCGACCGCAAAGUCAAAGAAAGCAUUUGCGAAACCACAUUCGUUAUGGCUUGACGACGACGAGUCUCAGGAGGAUGAUGACUUCGAUCAAUCAGAUGAAGUAGAGGCUAUUGACCAAGAUGAGAUCUUCGAACUAAUUCGGUCAAUUUCCGACCCUGAACAUCGCAGCAUGUCUCUUGAGCAGCUCGCCGUAGUCUCGGCACCUCAAAUCACAUUCGAUCCCAAAUACCCAGACCGGCUCACUGUCGAGUUCACGCCCACGGUACCACACUGCGGCAUGAGCACCUUUAUCGGGCUGUCCAUCCGUGUACGUCUCCUGCGAAGUCUCCCUCAGCGUUUCAAAGUCGACAUCCGCGUGAAGCCAGGGUCGCAUCAGAGUGAGCACGCCCUAAACAAGCAACUGAACGACAAGGAACGUGUCGCCGCAGCGCUCGAAAACCCGGCUCUGCUUGAGGUCCUCGAGCAGUGCCUCUCCACAGUCGGCCGUGCUUCCAGCGAAGAUUGA